AUGACAGCAUUUAGUCUACAAUCAAGUGCAGAAACAAAUGCAAGUUGGAAUAUUGAUGAAUGGUUAAUCUCUUUCGAACAAUGUACCAAUCGUCUUCUAACUCAAACAAAAUCUCAAAUUGAUUUAUAUAAUUUAAUAAAUCAUCUAUUGAAAUAUUUUAAAACAUUAACAAUAAAUUCAAUAAAUUUGUUAAAAACUUUCGUUCAAUUUUUGGUAUCUCAAGAAUUAUGUGAUCAACAACAUUUAUCAAAAUUAUUUGCUAAUUUUCUUAAACAUAAAGAUUUUCUUGAACAACUUUCAUCAUUAAAUCGUUCAAGUUUAGUUGAUAUUGUAUCAUUAUUUGUUUCACAUUAUGAUUCAAUACAAUCAUCAAUAACAAUUGAUUGUUCCAAAACAUUUUCCUAUGUUAUUAUCAAUUUAUAA